AGAAGAAGUGAUUUUCUUCUUCUUUUGCGUACAGCUGUUUCCGUUAAUCCACGUCCACUCAACCUCUGCACGCGUUGACAGACUAAAAUAAAAACAUAUUUGUAAAAGAUGUCUGAAGAUCUGCGGUCAGAGCUGGAGAAAUUCCUCGAGAGUUUAAAUAUCCAGACGAGCUGUGUGGAGCACCCGCCGGUAAAGCACAAACACAAACAGCGAACACAGUCCACACAGAUUUUAUGUAUACAUAAAAACGGUAUUUUACAGCAGUUGUUUCAAUUUUACAAUGAAACUUUACUUCAUAAUGUAGGCUCGGGUUUUGUGGAUGAGAAAGGCUAAAAUGCUUGAUAACUCGGUGCUGUACUGUAUGUACUGCACUGUAUGGGAACAAAACACCCAUCAUAAAACAAAACAUUUAAGAAUUUUUGGCUUAAAGUAAAUGAGUUAAACAUCCUAAAAUACACGGAGGUACAUUACAUGAAUUAAAAUGUUUCAGAGUUUAAUUCGGCCUCAUUAGAUGCCAGAUUGGUAUAUCCUUCAAUACAUUAUUAUCGCCCAUAUCAAGUGAGUGAAGAAGAGUGAAGGUAUCAAAAAGUUAUCUACUUAAAAAACAAGAGUUGCAGUACCUUUGAUUUGUAUGCCGAAUUUACAAUCAGAUCAGAAAAGAUGGAAAUGUGUGACGAUAUGUUUCUAGAGUCACGAUCUGCGCACAAAAUCCACGUAUUCUUAAAAGUGACCAGUUUUUAAAUGAUGUUUGGAUUAAGAUGACUGAGCCAAAGAUCUUAAAGAUACACAUUUCUAGGCUUUAAUUAUAUUGUCUGCAUGUGUGAAUUUAAUUACUACAAUGGAUGGGAGUGUGUUUGUGAGGUGCUGAUUUUGGAAAAUUGUUUUAAGCUUCAAGUGAACAUAUGGUUUUUGCAACCCGUCUGACGCGUUUCAGCUGUAGUAGCCUGCUCUGACCUGCAGGGGGCGUCAAAACACAGGUUAGAAAUAUCAUAUCUGUUCACAUGAUUCAGGGUCAUUCAGCUCUACAUCUGCUGAAAAGCAUUAUACUCAUACAUAAAGUGACGUUUUACUCAUCUGACAAAAGUUUUUGAAUAUGCACAUUUUCAGGUUUUUGUUUGCGUCUUUAAACACAGACCUGCGUAUAGUAAUGCCUACUAUGCAGUGCGUGUUAUUAUGAAGUGCCUGUCUUUAAAUGCAAUCAAACUGGUCUGGUUUCCCCCACUCUGCAGGUGUUUACGGUGGAAGAAAUGAUGCCCCACCUGCAGGAAGUGAGUGGAGCUGUUACAAAAAAUCUCUUCCUGAAGGACAAGAAGAAGAAAGGUCUGUGGCUGGUGUCCGCUCGUCACGACCGCCAGGUCAGUUCUCACUUUAAGGGGAUAUUCCUGUGUAAAAUUAAUUUAGGGUCAAACACACUGUAACACCAAGUUAGACACCAAGUUAGACACCCCCUCAAGAGAUAAAUGUUGCUGACAGCUUGCGGUCAGCAACAUUCAUCUCUCAACUGAGUGUCUAACUUGGUGUUACGGUGUGUUUGACCCUAAAUUAAUUUUACGCUGAAAUGUCCCUUUAACAACUGCCCCAACAGAAAGGUUCUACCCAUCUUAUCUCAGAAUAAUCACCUUUUCCCAUAAUCCUCUCUGUUCCUCUACAGGUGAACCUGAAUGACCUUGCCAAGAAGUUGGGUGUUGGAAGUGGCAAUCUACGCUUUGCAGAUGAGGCAGCCAUGUUGGAAAAACUCAAGGUAAGACCAUCAGCAUUUUGGUACACACUAUUUUCCCAGUGGGAAGGUGAUCUUUACUUCUGAGCUUCUUACUGACAGCUGUUCUUUAAAUAUUCACAUAUUGGGACAUCAAUAUCAUACUGAUUCAGGGUCUAAAGUGUUGAAUUUCAGUACUAUGGUAAAGAAGAAAAGGCCAGCAUCCACCAGGGGACAUCCUGCUCUUCACUUAGCUUACUGACAGCUUUCCAUGAUAAUGUUAGCUCCAGAGGAUCUAGUUUUUGGUGGAUAGUUAUUGAUUUUUUCAGCAGAUGUUGUUUGGUUGAUUUCUGUGUUUGUGCUUUUUCACACAUGUAAGUAACAAAAACAGGUUACUAUUUUCUGGCUGAUCAUACUCAGGUCUUUUUUUUUCUGUCUCCCUUCAGGUGGGUCAGGGCUGUGCCACGGCUCUUGCUCUGCUAUUCGACAAGGACCACAGUGUGAAGUUCGUCCUGGAUCGGGACCUUGUAGAGGGGGGACAUCAGAUGGUCUACUUUCACCCGAUGACCAAUGCUGCCACCAUGGGGCUCCGGCCUGAUGACCUGCUGCGCUUCCUUAAAGAAACAGGACAUGACCCAGUCCUGGAGAGCUUUGAGUAGGAAAGGACAGAAACCUGGACCAGACUAGAGACUGGAAACAGGAGCAGCCAGCAGGGGCUGAAGCAAGAAGUGGAAGCAAAGCUGUAGAACCUUUACUACAGCAGGGAAGAAGUUACACGCGCCCAAUGCUGAGGUGCUCUAGUUGUCUUAAAAAAGGGAACAUUUUACUGUACUGCUUUAUUUGGAUUAUUUAUGCUCCAAUCAAAGAGCAAAAUAUUCAAAAUUUACACACAUCCACCUCAAAGAUUGUCUCUGAGCAACCUUGUAAGAUCAAGUCUCAUUAAAGGACCAGACUGUUGGUUUUAUCUACUCAUUUUUACCACAGUGAAAAGGGACUCUUGACACAUGACAUCCAACUGAUCAGUUGUCAAAUCUCCACGUUUCUGGGUUGAUUUUUCAUCCAGGCUGAGACGGUUUAAAUGUAAGACAUCAAUAUGAAAGGUUAUGGAGGAUCAGUUUACAGAGUUAUGGGCAGAAAUCAGAUGAAAUCUUUGUACCAGGAUAAUCAUCAAACAUCAUUACAUGUUGCUUCCCAAAGAAUAGAUGAAUAAUCACCAUAAAUGGCUUGAUUUGGUCCAUCACAGCAGCUUUUACAAAUCUAAUGAGACUGACAGAGAGUCACAGAGGUCUACAUCUGAACUACAUUAACUACAUCUUAAUUAUUCAGGUUGCAUCGUAGACAAAGUAAGCCACUCAAUUUGAAGAUGAUCCCAAUACUUUGUUUCACCCACUUGUACUGUAGUUUUAUAGAAGCUACAUGAGAGGGCAGGAUACUAGAAACAUGUUAUUGAACCAGCUCCAGGAAAAUACCAACUACUCCAACCCCCAUAAAAAAAACAGGACUGAGAAUAACCUCACAGUGUAAAUAGCACACAUAUUAAUAAGCUUUGUAUCAGUGGCAUUGAUACUAAACUGUAUCCUAUGCUUUUUAAUAUAUUUUAUCACAAUAGGAGCAGGAAUUCAUGAAGUUGCCUGUUAGUGUACAAUUUUAUAAUUCAAUACUUACCAGCAGACACAUGCCUGUUCUGGACAAUAAGAAGCUGAUGGAGAAAAAGUGUGUUUGGUGUCACACUUUGAUAUGACAAUAAAACAGGGUUGUUUCCGAGUCCUCGACUGACACUGAUCCCUUCACUCUGGGUUCAGGCUUAAAACAUUACAAUAUCAAAAUCAUCAGUCUUGUUAGUGAUGGUCUUGUUCGCUUCUGAAUAUCAUAAAAAUAAACUAAUCAAUUAACACCUGUAGGCUAA